CAGGAGGCGGCGAUCCCGGCGGAGGGGGGCCGUUCGCCAGCUCGGAGGCAGAAAGUGCCACGACUCCACACGCGCGCACGCAGCCAGCGAGCGGCCGGAGCGGACGGCGGACGGGGCGGACGGCGUCGGGGUCGCGGGAACUGCAGCUGCUUCGGGGCGGCUUCUCGGCGGAGGCUCGGCCGGCUCCUCUCUUGCGGUUCCGCGGCGGCGGCAUCUCCUGCCCUCUCGCUCUCCCUCUCGCAUCUCCGGCUGCAGGUGGAAAGGAAGCCGACCAGCAUGGAUAUUUACGACACUCAGACCUUGGGGGUUGUGGUCUUUGGCGGGUUUAUGGUGGUUUCUGCCAUUGGCAUCUUCCUGGUGUCGACCUUCUCCAUGAAGGAGACGUCCUAUGAAGAAGCCCUCGCCAACCAGCGCAAGGAGAUGGCAAAAACUCACCACCAGAAAGUAGAUAAGAAAAAGAAGGAGAAAACUGUGGAGAAGAAAGGAAAGACCAAGAAAAAGGAAGAGAAACCCAAUGGGAAGAUACCUGACCAUGACCUGGCCCCCAAUAUGACCAUCCUCCUUAAGGAACCAGUGCGCGCACCCGCAGUGGCUGUGGCCCCAACCCCAGUCCUGUCUCCUGUGGUCCUUUCCCCUGUAGCCAUGGUACCCGCCAUGCCUCAAGAGAAGUUGGCCUCUUCUCCUAAAGACAAAAAGAAGAAGGAGAAAAAAGUGGCAAAGGUGCAGCCAGCGGUUAGUUCUGUAGUGAAUUCUGUCCAGGUUCUUGCUUCAAAGUCUGCCAUCUUGGAAGCCUCUCCCAAGGAGGUGCCUAUGAUGGCUGUACCUCCAGUAGGUGCCAAGGGCAGUGCCUCAGCUACUGCCCAGGGCAAGAAGGCAGAGGGGGGCCAGAGCCAAGUCAAAAAGGGAGAGGGGAGCCCAAACCAGAACAAGAAGUUAGAGGGAGCCCAGAACCAGGGCAAAAAGGGGGAAGGGGCCCAGAACCAGGGAAAGAAAGGUGACAAUGCUCAGAACCAAGGCAAGAAAGGAGAGGGAACCCAGAACCAAAGUAAGAAGGGGGAGGGAACCCAGAACCAAGGCAAGAAAGGGGAGGGAACCCAGAACCAAGGCAAGAAAGGGGAGGGAUCCCAGAACCAAGGCAAGAAGAUGGAAGGGACCCAGAACCAAAGUAAGAAGGGGGAGGAAACCCAGAACCAAGGCAAGAAAGGGGAGGGAGCCCAGAACCAAGCCAAGAAAGGGGAGGGAUCCCAGAACCAAGGAAAGAAGGUGGAGGGAACCCAGAACCAAGCCAAGAAAGGGGAGGGAACCCAGAACCAGGGAAAGAAGGUGGAGGGUACUCAGAACCAGAGCAAGAAAGGAGAGGGAGCCCAGAACCAGAGCAAGAAAGGAGAGGGAGCUCAGAACCAGAGCAAGAAAGGAGAGGGAGCUCAGAACCAGAGCAAGAAAGGAGAGGGAGCUCAGAACCAGAGCAAGAAAGGAGAGGGAGCUCAGAACCAGGGCAAGAAAGGAGAGGGACCCCAGAACCAGGGCAAAAAGGUAGAGGGACCCCAGAACCAGGGCAAAAAGAUAGAGGGAGCCCAGAACCAAGGUAAGAAAGGGGAUACUGUCCAGAACCAGGGCAAGAAGGCAGAGGGAGCCCAGAAUCAAGGUAAAAAAGGAGAAGGUGACCAGAACCAAGGCAAGAAGGCAGAGGCACCCCAGAACCAGGGCAAGAAGGCAGAGGGACCCCAGAACCAGGGCAAGAAGGCAGAGGGACCCCAGAACCAGGGCAAGAAGGCAGAGGGAGCCCAGAACCAGGGCAAGAAGGCAGAGGGACCCCAGAACCAGGGUAAGAAAGGGGAGGGGUCCCAGAACCAGGGCAAAAAAGUGGAAGGAUGUCCUAACCAGGGCAAAAAGGGGGAGGGGGCUCAGAACCAGGGCAAAAAGGGGGAGGGGGCCCAGAACCAGAGCAAAAAGGGAGAGGGAGCCCAGAACCAAGGCAAGAAGGCAGAGGGGGCUCAGAACCAGGGCAAGAAGGCAGAGGGGGCCCAAAGCCAGGACAAGAAAGGGGAGGGAGCCCAGAAUCAGGGCAAAAAGGGGGAGGGUAAGAAGUCAGAGGGGAGCCCCAACCAGGGCAAAAAAGGGGAGGGAGCUCCCAAUCAGGGCAAAAAGACAGAAUCAGUUGCUAAUCAGGGCACAAAGGCAGAGGGUAGUUCAAACCAGGGAAAGAAAGCAGAGGGAUCCCCUAAUCAAGGCAAAAAAGGCGAGGGAACCCCAAACCAAGGCAAAAAGACAGAAGGGUCCUCCAACCAGGGCAAAAAGGUGGACACAGCUGCCAAUCAGGGUAGGAAGGCAGAGUCAGCUCCAACCCAGGGUAAAAAUGCAGAUACAGUCCAGAGCCAGGAAGCCUCAAAGCAAGAAGUUCCUACAAAGAAGAAGUCUGGUUCAAAGAAAAAAGGCGAGUCUGGGCCCUCAGUUUCCAACAGCCCUCUCUAUCUGCCCUACAAUACAUUGGUCUCCACGGUCGGAAGCAUGGUGUUCAACGAGGGCGAGACCCAGAGGCUCAUCGAGAUCCUGUCUGAAAAGGCUGGCAUCAUUCAGGACACUUGGCAUAAGGCCACUCCAAAGGGUGACCCUGUGGCAAUUCUGAAACGCCAGCUAGAAGAGAAAGAAAAGCUGCUGGCCAUGGAGCAGGAGGACGCAGCUGUUGCCAAGAGCAAACUAAGGGAACUCAACAAGGAGAUGGCCUCAGAAAAGGCCAAGGCUGCAGCAGGCGAAGCCAAGGUGAAGAAGCAGCUGGUAGCUCGUGAGCAGGAGAUCGCGGCUGUGCAGGCACGCAUGCAAGCCAGCUACCGGGAGCACGUGAAGGAGGUGCAGCAGCUGCAGGGCAAGAUCCGAACUCUUCAGGAGCAGCUGGAGAAUGGCCCCAACACCCAGCUAGCCCGCCUACAGCAGGAGAACUCUAUCCUGAGGGAUGCCUUGAACCAGGCUACAAGCCAGGUGGAGAGCAAGCAGAAUGCUGAGUUGGCAAAGCUCCGGCAGGAACUCAGCAAGGUCAGCAAGGAGCUGGUAGAGAAAUCAGAGGCUUCGAGACAGGAGGAGCAGCAGCGGAAGGCUCUGGAAGCCAAGGCAGCCACCUUUGAGAAGCAGGUCCUGCAGCUACAGACAUCUCAUAAGGAAAGUGAGGAGGCUCUGCAGAAGCGCCUGGAUGAGGUCAGCCAGGAGCUGUGCCGUACACAGACCAGCCAUGCCAGCCUCCGAGCAGAUGCUGAGAAGGCCCAGGAGCAACAGCAACGGAUGGCAGAGCUGCACAGCAAAUUACAGUCUUCCGAGGGAGAAGUGAAGAGCAAGUGUGAGGAGCUGAGUGAUCUCCAUGGGCAACUCAAGGAAGCCAGGGCAGAGAAUUCACAACUCACAGAGAGGAUCCGGUCCAUCGAAGCCCUGCUAGAGGCGGGGCAAGCCCAGGAUACCCAGGCCAUCCGAGCUGAGGCCGACCAGCAGCAGACCCGACUCAAGGAGCUGGAGUCCCAGGUGUUGUGUCUGGAGAAGGAGGCUGCGGAACUCAAGGAGGCCAUGGAGCAGCAGAAAGGGAAGAACAAUGACCUGCGAGAGAAGAACUGGAAGGCAAUGGAGGCCCUGGCCUCAUCUGAGAGGGCCUGUGAGGAGAAACUACGCUCUCUGACCCAAGCCAAGGAGGAAUCAGAAAAGCAGCUCCAUCUGACUGAGACCCAGACUAGGGAGGCCUUGCUGGCUCUGCUCCCGGAGCUCUCCAUCUCAGCACACCAGAAUUACGGCGAGUGGCUGCAGGAACUCAAGGAGAAGGGCUCCGAGCUGCUGAAGAAGCCGUUGGCUGCCACAGAACCCUCCUCGGACCUGGCCUCCAAGUUGAGGGAAGCUGAGGAGACCCAGAGCACCCUGCAAGCUGAGUGUGACCAGUACCGUACCAUCCUGGCAGAGACGGAGGGCAUGCUCAAAGACCUGCAGAAGAGUGUUGAGGAAGAGGAACAGGUGUGGAAAGCCAAAGUAGGCGCUGCAGAGGAAGAACUCCAGAAGUCACGGGUCACAGUGAAACAUCUCGAAGACACUGUAGAGAAGCUAAAAGGAGAACUUGAAAACUCAGAUCAGGUGCGGGAGCAUACCUCACUACUGGAGGCAGAGCUGGAGAAGCACAUGGCAGCUGCUAGCGCUGAGUGCCAGAACUAUGCCAAGGAAGUGGCAGGGUUGAGGCAACUUUUAUUAGAAUCUCAGUCUCAGUUGGAAGCAGCCAAGAGUGAAGCCCAGAAACAAAGCAGCGAGCUCGCCCUGGUCAGGCAGCAGUUGAGUGAGAUGAAGAGCCACGUAGAGGAUGGUGGCGUGGCUGGGUCCCCGGCUAUCCCCUCAGAAGUUCCCCCAGCCGAGCAGGACCCUAUGAAGCUGAACACACAGCUGGAACACACAGAAGCCAUCUUGGAGGACGAGCAGACGCGGAGGCAGCAGCUCACAGCCGAGUUUGAGGAGGCUCAGGCCACAGCGUGUCGAUUACAAGAAGAAUUGGAGAAGCUCCGAGCUGCUGGCCCCCUGGAGUCUUCAGGAACAGAAGAGGUCACACAGCUGAAGGAGAGACUAGAAAAAGAGAAGAAGUUAACCAGUGACCUAGGACGAGCCGCCACCAAACUGCAGGAGCUUCUGAAGACAACCCAGGAGCAAUUGUCCAAAGAGAAGGACACAGUGAAGAAGCUGCAGGAACAGUUGGAUAAGACAGAGGAUGGCAGCUCAAAGGAAGGCACCUCUGUCUGAGUCUCUGUGGAAACUUCAACUUACCAAAAUGCCUUACACAUUCCUUACAAAUAGAACAACCAAUACAGCGUCAUCCAGGCCCAAGUUCCAGUAGCCCUGAGAAGCCAUUAGAGACGAGAGUCUCUUAGAACAGAAAAAAAAUACUCCAGACCCUCCAGUCUGUAAAAAACUUGUCACACUUGAUAAACACUAUUCCUGGGAGCAGCCCUGGACCACCUCGAGCGGACGCCAAAGCCUCAUCGACUCUGCCAGGCCAGGGUGUUCUGGGAGGCCGGGACAGUAAGGGGGGAGCUAUGUCAAUCAGUGCAAUUGCCAUGUAUUUCACAGUGGGGUGGGGGGCCGGGAAGUGGCCAGACUGGGUGGUGAGUUCUCAGAGGCUGCAGAGCAGACUGGAGGGCUAGAGCCCUUAUCAGCAAGGCAACAGUCCCUCACCCCUGGAGUUGCCAAGAACUGAUGUGACCUGGAUGUUAAUGCCAUUAAAACCAACUUGUUGCCCGGCA